AUGGCGCCUGACACUGCAGCUCAAACAUACACCACCAUCGAACUUCUGACUCCCAACGGUCCCGAGUUUCGCCGUGUGUCCACAGCACCAGCACGCCCACCAAGAUCCGACGAGAUCCCCCUCAUCGAUCUCACUAACAUUGACGGCAACGAAGAGGCAAGAGAAAGAAUAGCACAAGAAGUGAGACUUGCCGCCGAGAAUACAGGUUUCUUCUACGUCCACAACCAUGGCAUCGACGAGACCCUAAUCCAGGAUGCCUUGGACCAGGCCAAAGCAUUCUUCGCGCAGCCACAAAGCGUCAAAGAGAAGCUUCUUCCCGAACACACAGGACCAGGCGUAGGCUACCGAGGCGUGAGCUCAACCCAAAUAAACCGCACUGAGUCACGAGACCGCAAAGAAACCCUCGCCAUUCAAUAUGACACCCGCUACGACCCAGCCCACACCCCCUCAUCCCCCCAACCCGCAGACCAAGCCACCACCGCUGCAAGCCACGACCUGAUCUGGGCCACCACAGCCCAUCUCCCCGCCCUGCGCCCCGCAACCCUCGCCUUCUGGACAGCGCGCCUCCAGCUCGCACGCAAACUCGUCCGUAUCCUGGCCCUCGCCCUCGCGCUGCCGGAGAGCUACUUCGACGACGUGACCACGCUCCCCGGCGCCGACGCGCUCGCCAUCCACUAUCCACCUUGCCCUUCCCCGUUCCCUAACCCAUCUGCUGCAGACCCCGUAGGCAUCGGCUCGCACACAGACAUCCAGCUCCUGACGCUCCUCUGGCAAGACGACUCCGGUGGCCUGCAGGUCCUGUCGCGUACUGACGAGUGGCUAGAUGCCGCGCCGGUGGCGGGCACGCUGGUAGUGAAUGUGGGGGAUUUCUUGCAGCGGCUGUCGAAUGACCGGUUUCGGUCUACGGUGCACCGGGUGUAUAAUCGGUCGGAGAGGAGUAGGUUUUCGAUGCCGUUCUUUUUUGGAUUUAAUGCGGAUGCGGUUUGUGAGGUUGUGCCGACAUGUGUGAGUAAGGAGCGGCCGGCGAGGUAUGAGCCGAUUUCUUGUGGGGAGGUAAGUUGA